CCACACUUGAGGGAAAGGACAAACGGCUGUUUGUAUCACUCGGGAAAACAGGUUCACCUCCUCUCUCCCUUUUGCAGAAAUUAUGCAGCUCAGUGAUCAGGAAUGGAAGCAUGUCCUGGAUAUCUGGGCAAAGGUGGAAUCCAAACUUCCUGAACAUGGGCAUGAAGUUAUAAUAAGGCUUCUUCAAGAGCAUCCUGAGACUCAGGAACGCUUUGAAAAGUUCAAACACAUGAAAACUGCUGAUGAGAUGAAGAGCUCUGAGGAAAUGAAGAAGCAUGGGACCAAUGUCUUUGCUGCCCUGGGGAAUAUCCUAAAACAGAAGGGCAAUCAUGCAGAGGUGCUGAAGCCAUUAGCGGAGAGUCAUGCCCUCAAGCAUAAAAUCCCCGUCAAGUAUUUAGAGUUCAUUUCUGAAAUCAUUGUCAAGGUUAUUGCUGAGAAGUAUCCUGUGGACUUUGGGGCAGAUUCCCAGGCUGCGAUGAGGAAGGCCCUGGAGCUGUUCCGAAAUGACAUGGCCAGCAAGUACAAGGAGUUUGGGUACCAGGGUUAGCACACACCCAAGGAGACACCACUCUGAUGGGCUAGCAGUGUAUCUUAGAAUAGCUUCCUAGGUGCUAUUUUGGAUGCUGUGCAGAUAAUCAUCUACGACGUGUGGGAAUAAUUUGGUUAGAGAUUUAGUCUCUAAUCCAAACAAGGGUAGUUGCAGCAAUGGCUGUGAUAGACUUUUGCCCUCUCCUGGCUUUACAUAUGCAGGGGAAAUAAUCUGUUUUUUUUUUUUUUAAAUGAAAAUGAUGCGUUUAUUCAUUAAGGAAUUAUCAGGGAGCUGUUUCAGCUCUCUUCCUCCCCAGUUUUAUUACCGAGGGGAAUGGCAUGGCCAAAGAGUUAAGAGAAAGUUAAAGAAUAGGGAGGAAUGAGACGAGCAGAGAAUGAAGUGAUGUGCCAGAAAUUGUAUGAGAUGGAGGCACUGGGCUCUCUCUUGCCUGUUCUCCCUGACCUGCUGCCUGAGCUGCUAUCAUGAGUGGCACUGGCUGACAAUCCUGGGUCAUCAUUUCCAAGAGCAACUAGUAAUGUUAGGUACUCACUCUGGGAUUCCUCAAAACGCCUGAUUGUCAGGAAGUACUAAGUUCCCUUCUCUUUGAAAAUUGGCCUGUGUGAAGGUGUUAAAAUAAUGAGUCACAUUUUAAGAUUUUGGGUACUUUUCGCUGAGGAUGGGCUACAGGGACUGUAUCCCCUCCCCCCGAUGGGACACAUUAGCAAGUUCCCAUGAAGAGUUUCCACAGCCACCAGGGGUGUUAAAUCUAUUGUGAAGGGAAAUAAAGCCCUUCAGCCUCCAGAGUCUGCCAAGCUGGCAAACGAGAUGCUAAACUUGCAUGGACAUAACUCUAAAGAAAAGCGUAGAACUCUUGACAAUCCCCACCCACUGCUGCUCCACAUUUGAAUUUCCUUUGCACUGGAUGAUAAGUUUUGUGUUUCUCCGUAAAUAAAUAACCUUGCACUAUGA